AUGAGCAAACCUGGCGAUUUUGAUGCUGUCCGCAAGGACAUUGCCGCCCAGUUACACAGACCUGGGUAUGACGACGGAAGCGCAGGCCCGGUCUUCGUGCGACUAGCAUGGCACUCCUCAGGAACAUACGACGCCGAAUCCGACACCGGCGGCUCGAAUGGCGCUGGCAUGCGAUACGAGGCGGAAGGGGGCGACCCGGCCAACGCCGGUCUGCAGCACGGCCGAGCGUUCCUUGAGCCCAUCAAGGAGAAGCACCCAUGGAUCACUUAUUCGGAUCUUUGGACCCUAGCCGGCGUGGUUGCAAUCAAGGAGCUGGGAGGCCCAGACAUCCCCUGGAAGGGAGGCCGCACCGAUCUCGUAGACGACAGUAAGGUACCGCCCCGUGGUCGGCUGCCCGACGGUGCACAAGGCGCAGACCACUUGCGAUUCAUCUUCUACCGCAUGGGAUUCAACGAUCAAGAGAUCGUCGCCCUGGCAGGUGGACAUAACCUGGGCCGAUGCCAUGGCGACCGAAGCGGGUUUGAAGGGCCCUGGGUUACGAACCCGACCCGAUUUUCCAACUCCUUUUUCAAGUUGCUCCUUCAACUUGACUGGCAGCCCCGAAAGCUGGCAAACGGGAUGUCACAGUUCGUGUAUGUAGACCCGGAUGCCGCCGAGGACGAGGAGCCCCUGAUGAUGCUGCCCACAGACAUGGCACUCAAGACUGACGAGGCGUUCGCUCCUUGGGUCAAGAAAUAUGCGGAGGAUAAGGACCUUUUCUUCGACCACUUUUCCAAGGCUUUCGCCAAGUUGAUCGAGUUAGGCAUCCAGCGUGAUGAAAAGGGUGUCGUUAUCAACACCGACAACAAGUUAGGCGGGUAUGUGUCGGCACCGAAGAAGAGCAACGUUGCAACGGGUCCCCCCAAGCCCAAGGGCCCUCUUCGUCCCCGGCUUUAA